AUGGCGGCUUUCCCCGGCGCCCAGCUGGAGCCGCACCGGCACCGCCCGCCCGUCGAGUGCCUGCCCGCAGCCCGCUUCGGCGGCCACGGCGCCUGCGGCAACGUCUUCAACUCCUGGAACGACUACCUGGGGCUGGCCACGCUCAUCACCAAGGCCGUCCGCCCCGGGAAGGGCUUCGGCGCCGAGCCCCCCGCCGUGGUGGUGGCGGCGGCCGAGGAGGAGGAGGAGGAAGAGGAGGAGGAGGAGGAAGAGGCGGCGGGGCCGUACUUCGAGGGCGCGCUGGACUUGCACGACCUGGACCUGUGCGGGCAUCAUCACCACCACCACCACCACGGCGAGGGGCUGCUGGAGGAGCGCUUCGCCGACUUCAGCCCCUUCCCCGGGCGCGGCGGCCCCGCCGCCGUCCUCUUCGACUGCUCCGGGGAGCACCCGGGCCGGGAGGGCUCGGCGCACGCCUGGGGCGGGCUGGUGGUGGCGGGGAGGCUGCCGAGCCACCCGCGGGCCGCCUCCCGCCUGCUCAAACCCGAGCUGCAGGUCUGCGUCUUCUGCCGGAACAACAAGGAGGCGGUGGCUCUCUACACCACCCACAUCCUCAAGGGACCCGACGGCCGCGUCCUCUGCCCGGUGCUGCGGCGCUACACCUGCCCCCUCUGCGGGGCCAGCGGCGACAAUGCCCACACCAUCAAGUACUGCCCCCUCUCCAAAAUGCAGGCGGCCAAACAGCUCAAACACGCCCGGACCGCCCUGGGGAAGAAGGGUCGUUAAGCGCCGGGAGCCCGGGGGCGGCCCCGGCCUCUUCCCGCCUCUCCCCGCGGGGUUGUGGUUGUCCGUCGAGUGGAUGGCGGGUUUGUCCUUUCACACGUUAGUACGUUGAAGGCGGGGACUGGCGAGCAGGACCGCCGGGCUGGUGGCCGGGCCGCCGGGCUGGUGGCCGGGACGCGCUGGCCCGCGCGGGGACCACCGCGCAGCUUAGAUGCACUGUAUUUGUUUAUUGUAAGGAAAAAUAUAUAUAUACAUGUGUGUGAUUUUUACGGAAACGGAUUGACGGCGAGGUCUAACUGGGAGGGGCGUUCAAGCGAGCACCGGGCAGAGAGAGGGGGCGGUGGGUGUCCCCGGGGCGCUGCAGCGGGGCUGCGCUGCCCUCCGCUUCCCCCGGGCUCUGCCCCCCGGCCCAGGAGGGGGGAACCGGGGGCAGCCGCAUCCCCAGCCGCUCCGAGCCGUCGGGGGGUCCGGCUGGUUCCCAGGGGAGCUGUCGUCUUGCUGUUAUUAGCCGGCUACUGAAUUGGGGUGCAACGCUCCGCGCUUCUGGUCUUAAAGUCAACAUCCGAGUAAUUUCCUUGGCCGACCUUAAAACCGGGAAGCAAAUCGUGAUCAAACCCGUCCUCAGUUAUUCACUCGGUAAUUAACGCCCCCUCCUCGGCAUCGCAGCAUCCUGCCUGGCACGAUGGGAGAGCAGAGCCGUGCCCCGCCGUCACCCUUCAGCCGUUCCAGAGUGAGCACGGACGGUCUCGCAGAUCUCCGGGUCUGAUAAGCGGCUUUAAGGAAGAUCUGAGAGGAGAAAGCAUCAACGUGCUUGCUGGGAAACACAGAGACUCUGGGCUGAGACGCAGACUGAGCCCCUGCCGCUGAUGGAAAGGCAGAACCUUUCUCCUUCUCCCCAUCUCUGUCUCGAUCUUUGGAUGCUGGUGAGGGAGCAGAAGCUGGAGGAGCAGCAGGAGCA